CAGAAUGAAGAAUCAGUAUCUGAGACGACAGCCCAGAGUGACGAAUCAGUCGGUUUACUAACAACAAUUGUCCUCUCGUGUGGUUGUGUCUUGCUUGCCGCAGUUAUUGCCAUCGUCGUCGUUCGUAUUAAAAUAACGACCAAAGAACCCCAGAAAGAAGUAACAACUGGGCCUACAGAUGAAAGAAGACAGUCAAACGACACCACAGAAGGAGCAACGAUGAUCGUGAACGACAUGUAUGGGACCACUGGAGGAGCUAAUAUCAGACACGAUGUCAGCCACAACUUCUGUCCUCCCAACAGAGACUUUUCUCUUCACCUGACAGCAUCCAGGGCUCCAGCCCGCCCUCCACGCGCUCAACACGUGCGGUCACGUGACGACACGAGCUCCGCUCAGUCAGACUCUCCUUAUGAUCAUGAAACGUAUGGCCAGACUUACUUGACAUCCGCUGAUGUUUGCAAGAACAAGAAAAAACAGAAGAAAGGAGGUGCUGAGGGAGUAAAAGGAGACAUUUAUGCUUCUGUAAGUGCUGUUCGCAAGGAGGAGAAGAAUCGAGCAAUCAAAGACAGCACUACUCCUGUUUAUGAAACUGAUAACACAACCGAAACCGCAGAGUCUAUGGAGAAGGCUUCCCGUCAAAGAGAUGCUAAUGGACUAAUAUAUGGAGACUUAGUUUUCACAGCCGUGAGUUCAGCCAAGCCCGUCGUCCAGCAGGAGACGAAGACAGAGUAUGCCACCAUCGCAAUGACUGCUAUCGUCCCUCCGCGAAAUCACAAAAAAUAAAUCAACAG